AUGAUGGACGUCGACGUCGCGAUGGAGGACGCUGGUCUUUGCCACAUACACCGUAUCCUCACGACGGACGAUAUCCUCAUCGAGAUAUUCUCCUACCUCCCGUCCUUCGACUCCGUUGGACCUUGGGGGGCGGGCUCUGAGAACCGCCGACCACAAAUACUAGUCGCCUCUCACGUAUGUCGCCGCUGGAGAGAACUUGCUAUCGGUUGCCCCGAUCUCUGGACGCACAUCGUAGUGGUCGGACCUACUUGGAUCGAACUCUUCAUCGAGCGCUCGCAAACACUACCCCUGACCGUGACAUGCCACUAUCCCCUCAAAGAGCGGUCAAUAACCCAGAAGAAGCGUGUCGUAUGUGCUAUCUUCAAUGCACUUCCACGUAUCUGUGUGCUUUCGGUUUAUGACGCCGAUUGGCUCCUGAUGUCUCUUCGGGGCCACAGAGAAUGCGAGAGCGCUCGCUUUGAUUUCGUCUACGAGGCUGCUGGACGACUCUUACACUCCCUCCCUGCCUUUAAUCACUCCGAUUGUUCGAAUACUUCGCACUGGCCAACUGGUCCCACACAUUUGCCAACGAUGCUUCGUCGCGUCGACCUCACGCACAACAAGCUCGACGCCGUUAUCCACAACCCGAGAUUCUUUCAAGCUCCAUUGACAUCGCUUACGAUGGAUAUGGUAGAUGUCGGCACUCUUACAGAACUCGUGGACGCCCUGAUUAUAGUGCAAUCCACCCUCAAUUACCUAUCGAUGUGCCGCAUAUGGUUCUCGCAUCCCAGCGACCAGCGCAACAUGGUCCCUACGCCACGCAGUGCCAACAUGUUCACACUGCAAAGCCUGCGCAUCAUCGAAAAGGCACCCAUCGCGCUCGCGCUCGCCGAAUCACUCAUACUGCCUCCCUGCCUUGAACUCGUGCUUGCUAUUCUUCCUCCGGAGCCUAAGCCAAGUGACCCAGAAUGGACUGACGCGUUUGAGGCACGCCUUGACGAUGUGGACGACCGAGUAAGUCAACUCUUGUAUUCGCAAUACGCUGCUGCGAGCGCCGCGGGGGAGCGUUUCUCCGCCCUCCACAUCAUGAAUCCGACCGGACCUCGCUUCGACAGCAAUCGAUGGUUGCAGUAUUACGACGAAGAGAAGAACGGGAACUUCAAUUAUGAGGACAUGAUAUGCUGCGAGAUGCUGGAGCCGGAGACAGAAGGUACCCUUCCGGCGCGUCUCACGGUCGCGCUUCAAUACUACGGCUUCGCUCCGGACGAAGCCGCGAUGCGCUUGCUGGACCUCUUCCCGCCAUCGAACGGUGUCCGCACCCUAUACACUAGUGAAUGCCUCACUGACGAUUGGGACGCGCUCGCCCAACGCGCACCGGCAGUCGAGCAAAUCUAUAUGGACGCUUGGGUCGCCGACGAGUUCGAGGAGGUUGGGGGCGAAGAGCUCUUCCUGGCUCUGCGUUCGACUAUUGUUGAAGACGAGUCGCCGGGAAAUUCGGCGAGAAGGACUGUAUAUGGUAUGGCGAUGCGCGAUGAGAUGUAA